UAUUUCAAGCUUUUGUUUCUUUCUUUUUUGUUUUGCUGUAGCAACCAAUUAAAUACAAAUCAUAUAAACAAAUUUCUCUCUCAAACACAGACAUCGUAAACUCGUUAUAAACAUAUUCUCCUACAAACGCUUCCACAAACUCACUUCACAACAUUCCCAAAGAUGUCCGAACAAAAGGAAGAACCCCUCAUCGAUACAACUCCCCUCGUGAGACCGGCACAACAUGAACGUCAGAAAAGUUUGGAGAAGUUGUAUGCUGAUAGACCUACGGCUCAUGAGUUAAAGGAGAGACAUAUUUUAUUGGAUACUGAUGCCGCGCCGUAUGUUUCUACUUCUAUAUCCUUUAUAGGAGGACUCUUUAGACUGAAGACAGCUAUCUGAACGCAUGCGCUAAUUGCGGGAUGUAAUAAAAUAGUGGUAUUCAAAGUGCUCAACAUGCACUCGAACAACAAAGAAUUUCGGAUAACUUGAAGAAGAAUUUGGAACAUCGUCCUACUAAGGAGGAUUUGGUUGAACGUAUGUUUUGAAUUUACUUCCACUUCUAAUUUGAUCUAAAGCGAAACAAGAACUAAAUGGAUAUCAGGUAACAUCCUCUCCUCCACAACCGCAGCUCCGGGUAUCCAAGCACAACAAAAAGAACUGCAGAAACAUAUGCGGGCCGAUAGUUUGAAUGAGAAAUUAAGUCAUCGUCCGCAGCCGGAAGAGUUGGUCAAUAAGGGUGUUUUGAAGGAGGAUCCUACGAGUCCAAUUGAAGGCAAUAGGGAGAGUGCGGAGAAGAGAUACGAGGAGGCUAUUGAGGAGGAAUAUGCUAAGAGAGAAGGAGGUGCUUGAAGCCAGCGUAUUUCUGAUUCAGCGAGGGGAGCCGUUGAUUUAUACAUCGAUGCCGCUAGUUGAUUUCGGAUGAGAUGUGCAUGCAAGAAUGAAAACAAUGAAUAUGGACGACGUGAUGUGAUUAUGAAAAUGGAUGGGAAUAGGGAUGGGAGUGCAAAUGUGUAUGGGUAUGGAAUGAAUUACUGGAGUCUUGUUCAUGCAAUGUUCAAGCAAACAGAUGAAUGACACCGCAUUUCCUGCAUCAUUUUAUCUCAUUCGUCUCUUCGUACCUGUUUUGGCUGUCCUUUCAUUCAAUCAAAAGUCUUACACUGUUGAGCUAUACUAUUUAACGAGUAAUCUCUUCCAACCAUAUA